GAAGAGUGAGGAUGAGAUAAAGAGAGAGAAAUUCUGAGAGAGUUUUCUUACCACUGUAGUGCAUAAAGGAUAAAUGGCAAGAGGAGUUAAUUGUAUUGCUCCAAAAACAAUCAUGAACCUUACUAUGCUCGCUUCAGUUCUCUGCUUAUGCACCAAAUCAGUCGAAGUUGAAGCACAAGCUUUGCGUCUGCCUGCUGCAGAAGAGGAAGCACUAAAAGAAAUAGCAAAACAGCUGGGGAAAACGGACUGGAACUUCAACAUAAACCCAUGCUUCAAUUACACAAACUGGGAUACCCUAAACUCUACUGCCAACCCUAUCUACAACAAGACCCUCGAAUGCAACUGUUCCUAUCCCGACGGGUUUUGCCACGUUGUCAGCAUUUUUCUUAAAGGGCAAGAUCUUGCUGGUGUACUUCCACGAUCUGUUGCAAAGUUGCCCUACAUAACACAAGUUGAUUUCUCCAGCAACUACCUCAGUGGUACUAUACCGCCUGAAUGGGCUUCCACAAAGUUGGAACUUCUGUAAAAUGACCU